GGAAGCAUUUUUGGGUUUAUACCCGAAGGUUUGCCAUCGCAGCCACGAAUUGCAGCUUUCCUUUUUACUCCUCAUGCGUAAAGCACCAGCCUCGCUUAUUCGUCGCAGCCAUGGUGUGUCUCGACGGCAGUAUUCGCAAGUGUUGCAGCCGCAGAUAACCACCCUGCCCAACAAAAUACGGGUUGCGACCGAGUCCACUCCAGGCCAUUUUUCUUCAGUAGGACUGUAUGUCGAUGCUGGCUCGAGGUAUGAGGACUUGACAACGUCGGGAGUCAGCCAUUUCCUAGAUAGAAUGGCGUUCAAGUCUACACGCUCUCGCACCGAUGCUGAUAUGGCGACGGCCAUGGACGCUCUAGGUGGCCAAAUUAUGUGCUCGUCUUCCAGGGAGUCCAUGAUGUACCAGUCAUCUCACUUCCACCAGGCGACACCUCUAGCUCUAUCCCUUAUAUCCGAUACCGUUCUUAACCCGGCAUUUCUUGAAGAAGAAAUCGACGUACAGCGAGACGCAGCUCGUUAUGAAACGCGCGAGAUCAACGGAAAGCCAGAAAUGAUUCUUCCCGAGAUACUACACGACGUAGCUUAUGGGGGAAAGGCUCUCGGAAAUUCUCUACUUUGUUCCGAGGAACGCAUAGACCUAAUUAAUGCCGAUCUUUUGCGCGACACUCUCACAGACUGGUAUCGGCCUGAGCGCAUGGUUUUUGCGGGAGCUGGCAUGCAGCAUGAACAAUUGGUCGAACUGGUCGACAAGUAUUUCUCCUCACUAAAAUGCUCUCCACCCCUUGCACCCCCUUCGGCACGCACGACUCCCUCUCAAUCAGUCCCUCCUCACCUUCUUCCUUCCACCUCUCCAUCAUUGUACAAGUCUCUGACUCGUGCUGCAUCAUCAUACCUUUAUCCUACGUCAGACCCAUCCGCAUCACCUAUCGAUUAUCAUUCUCGUUAUGUUGGUGGAUUCCGUCACAUCCCCAGCACGACUCUGGAAUUUGACCAGCUUUAUGUGGGCUAUGAGGGUGUCGGUAUCCAUGAUGAUGAUAUCUAUGACCUUGCAACCAUGCAGGUCCUUCUAGGCGGAGGAGGCAGUUUCUCUGCUGGUGGUCCCGGCAAGGGCAUGUAUUCCCGACUGUACACUCACAUACUGAACCAUUUCCCUCAAAUUGAUCAUUGCGCCUCCUUCCACCACAUUUACACCGACUCCUCACUAUUUGGCCUCUUUGCGUCUUUCGUCCCUAACGCUCCAGGACAACGUGGCAACACCCCUGCGCAGAUCCUUCCUCACCUCAUCCACCAACUUAGUUUGCUGAUCUACCAGCCAGUGCCGAAAGCUGAGUUGGAGCGGGCGAAGAACCAGCUAAAAUCUAGUUUGAUGAUGGCACUAGAGAGCAGGGCCGUGGAAGUUGAGGACCUCGGUCGACAAAUCCUAGUGCAUGGUCGCAAGAUUCCCAUUACGGAUAUGACUGCAGCCAUCGACCAGGUGACCCCCGAAUCGGUGCGUCGCGUUGCAAACCGCUUGUUUGGUCCAGAAUCUGCCAAUAAGGCAUCUAUCGUCACUAUGGGCCGUGGAGACAUCGGUGACUGGAAGAGCGUGCUUCGCAAGUACGGUGUAGCUGGAGGAGCUUGAGGACACUUAUUCGUGUAUCGUACAGCCAGCCUUCUGGAUUCCUUACACAUUUCAUAUGCUUAUCGGCCAACAGUGAACUAUAUCCGAAUCAUAAUAUAUAUAUAGAUUAUUAAACCGACA